AUGAAGUUACUUGGUUGGAUGCAUCGUAAGUUUCGGCAGAAUAGCCAUGAACCCUUCAAAGAGUUCUCCAUCGGGAAUUGUUAUGCUUGUCUUACAGGGCAGUCCCCGCUGGAUGACACACAAUACCACCCAAAGCUAAACUGCUGCAAUAAACACUUGAUCAGAGGCCAAAGGGAUAACCAGCUUCGAAAAUCAUUCGCCAGUUCAGAUCCUGAUGAUUUCGAAGAAGAAGAAGAAGAAGAGACAUCAGGUGCACUUUCUGAGCUCUUCCAUGGGUUCCUGGCAAUUGGAACCUUGGGCACAGACCCUGUCAUCAACAACGACCCGUCUUCGACGCCCACAUUUUCCAUCUCCGUGGAAAACAUCAUGGAGAAAGAGACAGAAGUAACAGAAAAUGAACUGAAACUAAUCAAUGAUGAACUGGAGAAAGUGCUGGGAGCAGAUGAAAGCUGUAACCUCUCAUCAGGACGGAACAGCCAUGUGAGCACAGGGAGAAACAGUCACGUCAGUGUUGGAAGAAGCAGCCAUUGCAGCACGGGAAGGAACAGCCAUGUCAGUGCUGGAAGGAUCAGCCAUUGCAGCACGAUUACAUUGGGCGGGAAGCUGAUCGAGAGCAGCACAGAGAACAAUGUCUGUCCACUUCAAAGCUAUCUUCUUGGAUCAGCAAUUGGAUUGCCGGAAACGACGCCACCAGCUGCCAAGAAAGAACACAGGGUAUCACUUGGAGAGCUGUUUCAGAAGAGUAAACAGACAGAGGAAAACUAUGGAUCGAAACCAGAAAAGAGAGUGGAAAAGGAUACUGACAAGUUGGGAGCAUUCCUUGUGAAGAAGUUGCUCAAGAGAAAAUUACUUCAUGCUUCCAACAAAAACAGCAUGGCGUUUUCUGGAGGAACAAGUGACUCCGCUUCAGCUGAGACAAAACUGCACAAGAUCCUACAUAUUUUCCAUCGGAAAGUUCAUCCAGAAAGCUCAUCUACUGCAGAGAAAUAUACCCAUACUAAGCCAAACCAGGUGCAGAUAAAAACUGAUGCCAGGCCAUACAUCAUUGAAGCCCCAGAAUACACUGAUGAAGAUAUCAUCAUUACUCCAUAUCAAGCCCUCUCGAAAGAACGCAUGCGACAAUUGAAGGGUCAGCCCAAUCAAUCCCAUCUCUCCCUCGAUGAUGACAAGUACGGGGAACAUUGGAUCAAAACAGAUUCAGACUACCUGGUGCUGGAGCUCUGA